UGGAGGGAGAACGAGCAUUUAGGAGCUUCUGGAAAAUCCCUGUCCCACUCAAUAGGAUAAAGCUCAAUAGGAGCCACAGCGGAGCGGCCGCCUUCAAACGCUCCCCCCAGCAGCAUCCUGCCCGCAGGGAUGGUUUUCCCCAUCCCACGAUGGGGAGGGGGCACCCUGGAAGGGCCCUGUGUGUGCUGGGGGUGUCGGGCAGAGUGGCAGCGCUCUGUGACGUUGGUGCCAUUACCUCCCACUUGCUCUCGUCCCCCUCCUCGCCGAGCCCGCUCCUCACUCAUGUACUUAUGAAAACUUAACUUUCCUAUUAGUGCUCAUGUUUCUCUUACCCAGGUGCUUAAUUCCCAUUGUCCCAGGGAAAUGUCAGUGUGACUCACAGACACUUUCCCAUUAGGAAGCGACAGAUGAGUAUUAAUUAAACUUGCUGGUGGGUGGGCUCGCUCCAAGCUCCAUUCCCAAAGGACCCCGUUAUCCCCCCCCCCACGGCGGCCUGGACCCCAACCAGCCCCAGUGAGGACCCCCUCGCCCAGCCCAGCCCAACUCUGGCACACAUAGAAAAUAAACCGGCUCUGCUCCAGGGACAGGAGUCGUUCAACCUCCCCCUGGAGCAAAGGGAAUCAGCCUUGAUGAGGAAUAUUGUGAUCAGGAAGAAACCUUAUCACAAACAAGUUCUCUCCCAUGCCUGUGGGGUUUGCUCCAUCAUCAGAAGCACAUCUCCCUCCUGUGCAAUUACCCUGCACAGGAGGUGGCUGCAUCAGGGGCUGUUUGGUUUAGGGGGUGCUGGAAGCCGCUUUACUUUUGGGCUCCGUGGUCCUCGGGCAGGCACCAGCCUUUGGGGCAAUGCUGCAUGGGGCUGGUUGCUCCUGCAUGGAGCCGUUUGCCUGCAGAAUUGGAGGUUGACCCCAGGAGGCCGGGCUUUAGGGAUGGAUUCAUGGAUCUGGGAGGGCUAUUUGAUAGAAAGGUUGGGUUUGGUGUAAGAAAUGCUGCCCCCCCGCAGUGGCUGUGUUGCCCCUGGGACCACUAAUCCCAGCAGCAAGGGUUAAACCUGCCAGGGGGAUGCCGGAAGCCCCUGACUGAGGGUAAUUUGCAGCUUUUGUUCUCUGCAUUGUUCUGUGCCUACGCAGCCCAGCUCACCGCAAUGAGGGGGGCCAUGGAUGCCCUCUGCCCCCAGAUAGGUCCCACAGGGGCUAUCUCCUCCAUCAGUGCUGGGGAGAUGCAGGAUGCUCUGCCCUUGCCUUGCCCCUGCUCCCUUGGUCCUUCAGAGCUGGUGCAGCCCCAGCCUGGGCAAGCUAAAAUCCACCUCCAAGCAAAAGCUGUGGGGUCCCAUGUGCUUUCUGGGAAGCAGAGCUUGGCACCCAAACAUGGGUGCUAGCGGAGGUGGCACCAGCCAUGGGGAUAGGGGACCACAGGCAGCUGGCACAGGCUGCUUUGCCCAUCCAGCCAUGGUUGCUGGGUGCCCAGUGGAGACUCCUGCCCAUGCCGGUGGCCCCUGUGCCUCUCCACCAGCACUGGGAGGAUGAGCAGGGGCCACCGGGUCCGGCAGCUGCUGCUGGAGCCAGGGAGAAAGGCAGGUUGCUGGGAAACAUUCCUCUUGAGCUCCGAUAAAAAUAGCUCCGUCUUCAAGGCGAGAGGACGGGGCUGCGCUGCUGGCAGAGCAGGAACAGGACCGGCUGGCCCGGACCCGUGGGGUCUGUGCCCUGGACCCCCCAGCCCCACACCUCUAUAGUGACAUGGUGCAGGGGGACAGUGGUGCAUGGGCUGAGGGUCUGGUAUUGCCUGGUGCUGCCCUCCUUCACCCCCAAAUCAGGCUUGGAGGUGUUUGGACAGGAAUUGGGGGUGAGCAGGGAUGCUGGGGGGGCUCGGGGGGUCUCCAUCCUCCCACUCUGGUCUCCUGGCCCCUCUGACUCAGCUCUGUGGGCUUGUCCUCAAGAGGAGGAACAGAGGGGCAGUCUCGUGAGUCCAAGCCCCGACGGUGUGGACAUGGUGGGGGGGUGUCUGUGCAAGGGCUUUGCUGCCUGACAGCAGCCAGGCUGGGUGGGUUUGGAGGGGGACCAGCCUUUCCCAGUGUGUUCAGACCCUCCUUUGCCUGUCCUGGUCGCUUCAGAUGGGCUCAGUCCUCUCCCCAGCAUCUCCCCAGCCUGGAGCGCGGGGCGCAGGGGGGAAUCAGGACUUCAUCCCCCUUGGGCAGGAUUUGAAUGUGACGCUCAGGGGGAAUUCACACCCCCAGCAGCAAAACCCCUCCAGCACACAGCCAGGGGGGCAGAUGGACCCCGAGCUGCCACCUCCUGUGUCUGGUGCCUAAGUUUCAGCCCUGACGGACGAGGCUGGCCCCGACGCGGGUCCCGGAGGGGUGCUGUCGGUGGCAGUGCAGUGAUGGGACGUGCACCCCAGUGCUCGGGGCAGCCGGGGGGGGGCUUUGGGGAGCCCCUGGCACAGCGGGAGAACUUGCUCGGGAGGUGCUGAGGAUGCUGCGGGGCUGAUUAUUCACAGCCUCCCUCGCCCCGAUUGGCUCCACGGCGCCGAGCGCAGCCGGGCCCCGCCGCAGGAGGAGACUCCGUGGCCAUAAAAGCGGGGUGAGAGGCGGCGGGUGGCGAGUCCGGCGGCACCGCGGCCCUGCCGGCACCGCCGAUGCGCGGCUCAGCCUGACGCCCGCGGAGGGAGCGCAUCCACCGGUCCCGACCCGGCUCGUCGAGGGCACAGCGCAGGCAGCGGCUGCGGGGUGCAAUGGUGCGGAGGGCGCUGGUGCUGGUGCUCUGCCUCUCCCUGGCUGCGGCGGCAUCGGCCGACUGCGUGACCCAGUGCUCCCUCUGUGCAGCACAGACCCACGGCACCGAGACCAGCAUCUGGCCCCUGAUGUGCCUGUGGGAAUGCCAGGGCUCCUCACCCCCGGGCCCCGAGUGGGACACGUGCAGGAAGGCGCUGGCACUCCUGGCCCCGCUGGUGGCUCUGGCUGAGGGGACGGAGCCGGUGGAGGAGGAGGAGGCAGAGCCGGAGCAGGAGCUGGGUCCUGGCGAGCAGCCGCUGGCGCCAGCCAAGCGCUACGGGGGCUUCAUGAAGAAGAUGUCCAAGGGGAAGCUGCUGUCCCUGCUGCGCGAGAACGCCCACAGCAAGGGCGGCCUCAGCAAGAAGUUCGGGGGCUUCGGCCGCAAGCCCGGGGAGCGGGAGGCCCCCGAGGACUACCCGGGGUUGGCAGGGGCUGGGGGCGAGGAGGAGCCCACGGGCGCCGGGGCCGAGGGGCAGGAGCUGCACAAGCGCUACGGCGGCUUCAUGCGCCGCAUCCGGCCCAAGCUCAAGUGGGACAAUCAGAAGCGCUACGGGGGCUUCCUGCGGCGGCAGUUCAAGGUGAACACGCGGGCGGACGAGGACCCCAGCGCCUACUCAGGGGAGGUCUUGGACCUAUAGAGCCCGGCAUCAGGGUCCCCACGCUGCCAGCCUGGACUGUGCCGUCACCCCCCGGCCCCAUCCCUUUCCCAGUCCGGUGUGGCCGGUGUCAUCCCUGCCUCAUCCACCCAGGGGACCACAGGUCUCCAUCCCCAGUGAUCCCUCCCUGGUUCACCUGCCCAUCCCUUAGGGACCCCAGGUACCAAGGGGACAGUGCCACCCCUCUGGCUGCUGCUGGUGCGGCUGCGGGUCCAGCCCCAGGGCUCCUGGGGGCAAAUUAAGGUGGGGGACCCAUAUCCUCCACCCUCCCACAGCUGCAGAGCACAGCAGGGUCUGGGAACCAUCACGGCUGAUGUAGAGGGCAAUGGCCUCUGAGCAC